GAAAACACAUACGCGCGCGCGCACGCACAAAUCCACGCCGGGUUGUGACGUCACCGGAGGAAGUCAUCGGCGAGCAGCACUGGAAAGGAUUUUACUAGCAAAAAAAGAGGAGAGAGAGAGAGUGAUGUCGAGGAGUUUAGAGCCCCUGCGAAAAGCUCAACUUUGAGAGAAAAAGUUAAUGAGCAGAACAACAACAACAACACGAAAAGAGAGAGAAAAAAAAACACACAGGGACGUGGGAGCUUAACACACACCGCGCGCUGUCCACAUUUCACACUGAAUGUACGAACACCUUGGAGCGCAGAUCACCGCACAGUUUCUGAAGGAUUUUUCUCCGCUUUUCUGCGUGUUUCUGAAAUGUUAGCUCGCUCUUCUCUUCGCUCUGUUUGGUGGCUUCCGCUUGGUGCGUAAUUUGGUGAAGGUUUUACGCACCGUUUGGUUUUGUGUCUUUUUUCUUUUUCUUCUUUUCUUUUUCCUUCUCCUCAUUUUGAAUCUAAUGGGGGAAAAAGUUGUGAUGAAAGCUCCCUAAUCAUCACCGUCCGACCACCAUGGAGGGAUCCAGCGGGUCUAGUUUCGGAAUAGACACUAUUCUCUCUGCGUCCAACCCGUGCACUUCUGCGCUCAUGAACGGAGACUUUCGUGCGGAUUACCGCGGCCAGUCCACCCCUUCCCCGUGCUCGGACGUGGACACGGUUGGCACGGCGCCCUCCUCGCCUAUCUCGGUCACCGCCGAGCCUCCCGAGCCGCACGGACUUCUCCAAGACGGCCUUCAUCACCACCACCAUUCGCACCAUCAGCACCACCUUCAUCAUCCUCACCGCCAGCUCUCGCCACAGCCCCAGGCCCCGCGGACUGCCACCUCUUCUUUCCUUAUCAAGGACAUCCUUGGCGAUGGAAAGCCGCUGGCCGCCUGCGCGCCCUACAGCACGAGCGCCGCAGCGCAUUCCCCGCACCAGCACGCACCCAAGGCGGAGGGGGGCGGAACCGGAGCUGCCGGGGGAGCUGGAGGAGCCGCGGACCCCUUCAGGAGCAAAGCUGAUCAGGAGGAGAGCAGGAGCAAAGCGGAGAAAAGAGAGGACCUGCAGGGCGAGGGAAAGUGUAACGGUGAGGAUUUAUAUGGCACGAAAGAGGAGGGAGACAGGGAGAUCUCAAGCUCCAGAGACAGCCCCCCUGUCCGCACGAAGAAGCCUCGGAAAGCCCGCACGGCCUUCUCGGACCAUCAGCUGAAUCAGCUGGAGCGCAGCUUCGAGCGGCAAAAAUACCUGAGCGUACAGGACCGCAUGGACCUGGCGGCGGCGCUCAACCUCACCGACACACAGGUCAAAACCUGGUACCAGAACAGACGGACUAAGUGGAAGCGGCAGACGGCGGUGGGUUUGGAGCUGCUGGCCGAGGCGGGAAGUUACUCAGCAUUGCAGCGUAUGUUUCCGUCGCCCUACUUCUACCCCCCGGGGCUCCUCGGAGGUGUGGACGGCAGUACGGCGGCGGCAGCAGCAGCGGCCAUGUACAGCAGCAUGUACCGGAGCCCCAGCGCGCCACAUCCUGCGCUCCACAGACCGCCGCUCGUGCCGCGCGUGCUCAUCCACGGGCUCGGAGCAGGGGGGCAGCCAGCCCUUAACCCACUCGGGACCCAACACCCCCGGUAAAAUUACCCAGGGGGUGAUGGGGGGAGUUUAUAUAUAUUAAAAAAACAACAAUUUAAACAAUGAACAAAGACAUUGAGAGACUGAUGAAGGAGGAAAAUGCAGAUGAGGAAGAGGAUGAUUUUUUCAGUUGCAAAAGACUAUUGAAAGACUUCUUUAUUGAUCAAGAAGUCGGUGACGAUGGCGACGAAGAAAAGACAAAGUAUUAUUUAAUAUGGAGCAGUGGAGAUGAACUCCAGUAAAGGGACUGAUCACGCAACGGGCUUUCCGUUCGUUCGUUUGUUUGUUUUUUGUUUUUUUUUGUUUUCUUUUGUACAAAUACACUUAUACUAGUAAAUAAACUUUAAAAAAGUUUAUUAGACGGAAAGAAGGGUUGAAUAAAGACAGAAUGAUAAAAAAGAAAAAA